ACAACCAAUUGACCGUGAGUGCUAGGGAUUUUCCAUUUCCUCAGUGAGACAGUUACCAUCUGCAGCAGAUACCAAGGAUUCCCCUGGACCGUAAAAAAAAAAAAAAAAGAUGUUGGCUACCAUCUACUUCCCCCUUUAGCAGAUUACUCAAUUCGCCUAGCCACAGCCCCUGAACAGAUGGUGCCCAGCCCUGCUUGUGUGCAAGGGACCUACUUCUAAUUGUGGACUGUGUGGAGGACAAGGAGAAGGAAGCAGAGGUGUCCCGCCCUGGGGCGAUUUCCAUGAGACUCCAGGAAGAUGGGGAAGGCGAUACUAAGUGUCCCACUGAAACACGCAGCAAAAUCCCUCGUUCCUAGUGGGCGAAGAAAAAGGAAGAAAAAGGAAUCCCCCAGCUGAAGGAGGAAGGCGAAGAGGUGCAGCGGCUCCUCCAGGCCUACAGAAGGAGCUGACUCGACAGCGAGUGCUGCUCUCCGGCUUCCUCUCUCCGCUGGUUCGGUGCGGCGAGGAGAAGCCCGAGCGAGCCGCCAGGCAGAUCGGCGGCAGGUGGUGAUUGUUCCGUGCAAUAAGAUGGAGGCUGUUGGUCAAGAAACGUAAACUCAGGCUCGCUCGGCGUGGGGCUCCCCAGACAUGUUCAACCAGCAGCAGUUCCAGCUGCUGCAGCUCCAGCACCUCCUCCAGCAGCAGCAGCAGCAACAGCACCCGUCGCAACAGGGAGGCCGGGGUUUGCCACCACCUCAACAGCAACAGAUGCUGAGCUUACGGGCAACGAAUCAAGCAUCGCUCCUCAAUGCCAAUCCAAUGCUUCAGCGAACUCUGCUCAUGCAACAGAUGCAAGGAAACUUACGAGGAUUUAACAUGACAGCCCCAGCUCUGCAACAGUUUUUCCCUCAGGCUACAAGACAUUCCCUUUUGGGGCCUCCACCUGUCGGGGUCUCAUUAAAGCCCGCACAGCUGGGCUUCCCAGGCCUUCCAUUCCAGCGGCAGAAUCGGAUAUUUCGUAAGGAUUACCAGAGGGGCCCUGACAAGAAGCGAGAACUGGAUCAGGCAUCCUCAUCUCAGACACAAGGAGUUGAUGAGAAAAUUGAAAUUCCAGAGGGUAUCCAGGCUGGGUCAGAACAGAACAACUCCUCACCCACAGAACCAAAAAUGCCAGCAGAAUCUAUCCUGGACAUGGAGCCUGCAGCAAAGAGACUGAAGAGUGUGGAAGAAGUGCCCAUACAAGAGGAUGCUGCAGGCAGCCAGGAAGCAAAGGAAUUGAGCAUGGAAACCCAGGCAGAUGGACCAAACAGUGUGAGGGAGAAUACAACUGAAGAUGCCUCCAAGGAGAGAAGCUUCUCUGAGGAACUGAAAGCUCCAGAGGUGCUGAGUUCGGGGGGCUCGUUGAAAGUGACCAUCCAGCAGAGCAGUGAGAGCAGAGCUAUCAGCACCACAGCCCUGAAGCCAGGACAGUGGACCUGUGAGCUGGGCACAGCUGAUAACAGUCCUGAGUCUGUCCUUAAAUUCUUCUGUUACAUCUGCAAGACCAACUGCUGCAACCAGCAGAAUUUCCAAUCCCACAUGGCUGGAAUUCAGCACCAGCAGCGACUUGGAGAGAUUCAACACAUGAGUAAUGUCUGCUUUGUCUCACUGCUGCCCAUGGUGAAGGAGCAGACGUUGAUGGCUAAGAAAGAUGGAGAGACCCAGCAACGAUGGUGUAACACCUGCCAGAUACACUUUACAGGGGAUCUAAUCAAACAUCGUAGGACUCAAGAACAUAAGCUGGCCAAACGCGCUCUCCGUCCCUUUUGCACUGUCUGCAGCCGCCACUUCAAGACCCCUCGGAAGUUUGUAGAGCACAUGAAGUCCCCUGAGCAUAAGCAGAAGGCCAAGGAGGUGAGGCUGGGUGAGAAGGAGCUAUGUGGGCCAGAAGACUCAGAGGAGCUAAUCACAGUUGAUGCUGUUGGCUGUUUUGAAGAUGACGAGGAGGAGGAGGAGGAGGAGGAGGAGGAGGAAGGAAUUGGUGAAGAGGAAGGUUCUGAGGUGGUGCAGACAGAGAACGAAGAUCUUGUCACCAAGCAGGUUGGGCUGAAGGAAAAGUCUCCGGAGGACUGUGAAGGAAAUGAGAGAUACUGUCCAGAUACCCCCUAUGGCCUGGAUUUUCUGGUCCCCGUCGCAGGUUACCUCUGCAGGCUGUGUCACAAAUUCUACCAUAGUGACUCCGCUGCCCGGGUCACACACUGCAAGUCCCUGAUGCAUUUUGAGAACUUUCAGAGAUACAAGGCAGCAAGGCACCGUGCCACAGCAGCACAUUCAGAGGCCUCUUUGUGCUCCCAUGGCUCUGGCUUCCAGUCAUCGGAUGAGCAGCAGCAGCCUCCUGCUAAGACAGAGGAUGAAGCGGAGACAAUGAAUACCGAUCAUGGCAUAGGAGAGGAAGAUACAGAAUUAUUGGCAUUAAAAGAACAAACCUCUAGGUCUCUAGAGAAUAAGAGUGAGCUGGUCCCCUCCGUGAGAAGGGGUGAAAGCCCACCCAGUGAGACUGAUGUAUGUGGAGCUCUGGUCAUAGAGGAGGAAGGAAGUCAGGAUGAGGGUAGCAAGUCCCCCACCACUAGUGAAGACUGCCUGCUCCUAGAUGAAGACAGUGCCACAGGGGAGUUGCUGGGACACAGUAUGCGUAAGGACGAGGAAAGUGAUGAAACCAGGCAAAGGGAUGGCACAGACAAACCCCAGUACCCAAUGAGUGAAGGGGAUUCUGAACAGGAGGCAGCAAGCAUCAGAGAGGAGGCAGACACCUGCUCUCCCUGCAAAGGAGAAGCAGCAAAUCUAACCCCAGCAGGGCGUAGACGCUCUGCUAGACGCAAACCCAGAUAGAACAGCUUUAAAGGGAGAGCCCUUUGCAUACAAUAUUUGCUGGAAAUGUUUAUUUUCAGAGUCCUUUAAUAGAGCAAAACACCUUUCACUUUACUGCUGUUUUUAUUUUAAAAAAUAAAGCCUGGCUUUAGCGUGUCUAAUA